AUGGCUUUUCAGAAGGGCCCGAGCAGCAAGGAAAGUCGAGGCGAUAAAGGCAAUAAGCUCGGCAUCUCUGAAGGAGGCCCUACGCGUGAAAAAGGGGAAGAGGCCGGCCAGCGCGCAGAGCAGGCCCGGGCUUCUGCCCGCCCAGCCCGGGCGGGGCCGCGCUCCUCCGGAGGCUCCCCUUUGCCGCGGCAGCUGAGGACGAGGCGCGCCCCCUCGCGCGGGCUACCCACGCGCAACCUUCCGCACUCGGCCUGCGCGCGCGGACCGGCGCCCGCGGCUUCGGGGGGCGGGGACUGGCGGCUCAGCAUGGCUGCGAAUGCAGCGGCUGGCAAGGCGGCAGCGGUGCUGGAGACGCCCCCACAGCAGGAGCAGCACUCCAACACUAAGCUGUCUGCCGAUGAUGAGUGGAACCUUAGGCAGGAGAGGAUAUACAAGGCGCACCGGGGCCACGAGUCCAUGCACGUGGAGAUGAUCCUCAUUUUCCUCUGCGCCCUGGUCGUCGCGCAGAUAGUGCUGGUGCAAUGGAGACAGAGGCAUGGCCGCUCCUACAACGAAGAUUUGGAAGAAAGAGGAUUGGUUUACAAAUGGUUUCUUCUAAUCUACAAACUCAGCUAUGCAUUUGGUGUUGUUGGUUACUUGGCUAUUAUGUUUACAAUAUGUGGAUUCAAUUUCUUAUUCAAAAUCAAAGCUAGAGACUCCAUGGAUUUUGGUAUUGUUUCCUUGUUCUAUGGCCUCUACUAUGGAAUAAUGGGGAGAGACUUCGCUGAGAUCUGCUCAGAUUACAUGGCUUCCACUAUAGGGUUCUACACCGUCAGCGGGAUGCCCACCAGAAGCUUGGCCGACAAUAUCUGUGCCGUCUGUGGGCAGAAGAUCAUUGUGGAACUAGAUGAAGAAGGACUCAUCGAAAACACCUACCAGCUCUCCUGUAACCAUGUCUUUCAUGAAUUCUGUAUCCGAGGUUGGUGUAUUGUUGGUAAAAAGCAGACUUGCCCUUACUGCAAAGAGAAAGUUGAUUUGAAGAGGAUGAUCAGUAACCCUUGGGAGCGCACACAUUUUUUGUAUGGACAAAUCCUUGAUUGGCUUCGUUAUCUGGUGGCCUGGCAGCCUGUGGUGAUAGGAAUCGUUCAAGGCAUUAACUAUUCACUAGGGCUAGAAUAA